UAGCAUCCUAACGUACCAUUCCAGCGAUCAGUACAUUGGUGACCGUCGACGAGGAACAAAUACAGAUUCAUCGAAGAGUCAGUCAAGACAUAAAAGUCAAUAUUACAGUCUGACUUGAAAUCCAUUUUUUGAAGGAUAAUUCAGUCACUACAACAAUAAUUGCUGGGAAUAAACGAUGUUCGCUAUUAUUUUCAUGACCCUGUCAGUACUUUGGCUGACAGGUACAAGGGCAAGUGUUCUCGUUGCUGACAAUACGAUGUCAAGAAUGAUUGAAUUGAAUGCUGGUGUGCCAUUCUGCUCUCUUUACACUGAUCGUGGUGUGAUACAAAAGAUGAUACUCGGUACUGACCCCAAGAAAGUAAGACAGAUGUCGAUGAAUCUUGUCACAGACCUUGAAGAGACGUGUAAAGCUGCUCAAAAUACAAAGCAAACGCCAGGAGGUGGUUUGAUCUAUCCUGGAACGAAAUGGUGUGGGCCAGGGACACUCGCAAAAUCCUACGAAGAACUUGGGCACCACGCUGCUGAAGACGCCUGUUGUCGGGAGCAUGACCAUUGCCCAAUUGUAGUCAACCCACACCAAUGCAUCAAAGGCAUCUGCAACAACUCACCUUUCACGAGAUCUCACUGUGACUGUGACGCCAAAUUUCGACGGUGUCUUCAAAAUCUUAAUACGGAAGUUGCGAAUACUCUUGGAGCUCUCUUCUUCAACGUCGUUCAAGUUACCUGUUUCAAGGAGAGACGUCCGUGCUCACAAUGGCAAAGGAACGGAUACGGUGAGGCUGAGUCGGACCGUCUCUGCUCACAGUACCAAUUUCGUCCAAGUGAAAAGUACGUACCUCUGAUGCCUCUAAAUAUGAACAUGUGAAUUCGGAAACAACACAAAACGGGACCCGACAAUCCGUGAUCCCAGAGUCGAGUUCCAGUACGAGGUUUUUUUAGAUAAUUUCUUCGAGACAACAGACGUACAGGAAUAGAAAUUGGCAGACUUAUCAUAACGUUCGAAUUUAGAACUGUUUUAACUAUACAAUUGGCUCUUAUUCGUCUCUCGAUCUUAAAGGAUUUUAUGUGUCGGAGCUCAGUCUUCUUGGAUCGACCUCGUACAAUCUAAAUUUUAAAUUGAUUAUUUAUUCUUCAUGGAAUAUUAAUUUUAUUUUUUUCUAGAUUGAGGGUGCGAGGAUUUUAUUAGAUUAAGUGAUCCUCAGGUAGAAUCCUCACAGUCUCUAUUGUUUUAUCAUUAAGAUGAUUCUUUUUUACUCGAUGAAACUGACUAGAUCAAGGGGAAAUCUGCUCGAUAAUUUCCAUCAGUCUUCUGCACGGAGAGAAAUUUUUUGGGGAAAUUGUAGAGCUAGUAUCGGAGAAAGAGCACAAGCUAUUUGCUAUGAAAAAUUUGAGUGCUGUUGAGUAAAAUUUCUGGAAAAUUUUAAUUCAAAUACGAGAAAUUAAUGUGCGGCACAAUAAAAUUUCAAGUACCAGCCCUGGAAUUCUUCCAAAGAAUUUGUCUCCGUGUGUCUUUUCUAUGCAAAUAUAGAUAUAGUAAUGAUGCACAGUUUCAAUGGGUAAAUGUGAUAUGAAACAGUAAUUCAUGGAUCUAUAAGUUAUUGAGAUUGUCCAACCUAGCUAAUAGAAUCAGCAAGAUUAGAUAUAAUAACGGGUUUUUAUGUAAAAGCGAUGUUGAAGCAUAUCUUAGUAUUAUCUUUAAUCCAUUCAAUAGUAAUCAAAGAACGCUGUUGAACGUUUGAGGCUGGAUAAACUCUUCGUUCACGCCUUUUCAGGGAUUUUUAAAUAUUGAUAUCACAUAGUUGAAUAAUUAGUGUAGAGGAAAAUGAAAUGUACACAUUGUUACUAAACAAAACUAACUAUCAAUAAUAAAUUUAUUCCCGAUAAAUUGUGUUAACUCCAGAACAA